AUGACUAGGCACCACAUCUUGUCUAUUUUACUACUCACCAUUCUCAUACCAAUAACAGCUGUUCUAUUCCACAAUUACUCCGCAUUUAGUCCCGUCUUCCGAGCGCGGUUCUCUCAGAUGGCUACAACCAACAAGUCCCCGGUUAUUGUUGUCGGAGCAGGUCUUGCAGGGUUGUCGGCAUCGUAUUCGGCGAUCCAGUCCGGGGCAUCAGUUCGUCUUUUGGAGCGAGCACCGAAGCCAGGUGGUAACAGCAUCAAGGCAUCGUCAGGGAUCAAUGGGGCACCUACUCGUUUCCAAAACGUUGAGAAGUAUGGUGUCGAUACCAGUUUCUGGGAUGACACAACCCGAUCAGCUGGAGUGAGGCUCAACUCUGCCUCGGUUAGCCCAACAGUGAAAAGACGGCGCGAGGAGCUUAUCACGGUCUUGACCAACCGCUCGGCCAGUGCAAUCGACUUCCUCACCGACCUGGGCGUUGAUCUUAGUGUUGUGGCUCAACUUGGGGGCCAUAGCCUUCCACGGACACAUCGAGGAGCUGGGAAGACACCCCCCGGUGCCUCAAUCGUGACUACUUUGCUCACAAAACUGAAGGAGCAAGGGCCCGACCGCUUCCAGUUGGUCACCGACUCUGAAGUGACCAGAUUGCUGACCGACAGCAAUGCCCCGAAAGGAACUGUAAAGGUGACUGGCGUGGAGUACAAAAACAGGCAGGAUGGGAGCACACGCCUCCUUCACGGUCCUGUGGUCUUCACAACCGGCGGCUUCGCAGGUGACACCCAUGGUCUGUUGGCCAAAUACCGUCCUGAUCUCGACGGGUUGCCAUCCACCAACGACCCACGGCCAGGCACACACACGAUUCUCUCUGACGUGGGCGCCAAACUCGUCGACAUGGACGCUGUGCAAAUCCACCCAACGGGCUUUAUCGAUCCAGCCAACCCGGCGAGCCCCCUCAAGUUCCUCGCUGCCGAGAUGCUGCGCGGAGAAGGGGGGAUUCUCCUCCACAACGGCAAGAGGGUCAUCAACGAGCUGCAGACCCGCGAGAAAGUCAGCAAUGCCCUGAUGGCUCUCCCUGCCAAGAAUGAGGACUCGCUGAGGCAAUGGGACGUCCAGCUGCUUCUUGAUCCUGGUGCCACCGAAGCCGCGGCGGGCCACGUGGGUUUUUAUCUAUGGAAGGGCCUUUUGCAGAAAAAAAAGAUAGCAGAGCUGGAUGAGACGACGAGACAGACCCUAAAGGAGUAUGCUGCUGUUGUUCGUGGCGAGAAAGAGGAUGAGCUAGGAAGGAAGGCGUUUGGGAAUUGGCGGCUGACCGAGGAAGAUGUUGAUGAGGGCGAGGAGGAGGUUUGCGUGGGGAGGGUCACGCCCAUCACUCAUUUCACCAUGGGCGGAGCGGUUUUCAACACAAAGGCUCAGAUUUUGACGGCGGAGUUGGGAGAGGAGCAGGAAGGGAAGGAGAUUGAGGGAUUAUGGGGAGCGGGGGAGAUCACGGGGGGUUUGCAUGGCGAUAAUAGACUGGGAGGGAGCAGCUUGUUGGAGUGUGUUGUUUUUGGGAGGGUAGCGGGAGAGGAGGCUGCAAAAUACCGGGUGUAG